UUUGUUUUCAUCCAAGAAAUUUUAACAGCAUUUCUCCACAUUAUGCACAGAUAGUAUUAUGAAUCGCUACUUUUCUCUUUCGUGUGUUUGCGUGCAUGCGUGUGAAGGUGUGUGUGGCGGUGGUGGUGGGGGGGUCAAGUGCCAUGGUUGGCUUCAGAAGUUGUGAUUUUAUUUACCUAAUUCCAGUUGCCAGUGCGAAGGCCUCCGUCUAUCAUUGUGAGCAUUGUUUGACAUUCCUACAUGGGACACACCGCUCUGCUACUUUCAGAUUUUUUUACUUAGAGUACAACUUCCCCUUGACAUGACAAUGACAAUGAAGCUUGAAACUACAUUGUUUUAACCCCCCCUUCAAUAAACAUGGGAAUAAGGUCCUCAGAUGCUGACUUUUUGGAACAGCUGGAGAGCAAGAAUGGAUGUACAGUGGAUGUUUGCUGCAGUACGUCAAGAAUUAUGUGGCUCGUAAUUGUUCUUUUAACCCAUGCAGGGCAAUUAUGUAAUCACAGUUGUUGUAAUUAUUUUGAAUAUAUCUAUGUUUCUGUUUUUUUUUUUUUUUUUUUUUUUUUUUUACUUUAAAUACUGUACGUACUCCAGUGUUAUCUUGGCACUGAUGCUGCUGUGUUUUGGCAGGCAGUUUCAGCUGACUGGAGAGAAACCAAAACAGGGGUCUAGAACGUCUUCUUUUUUUUUUCCUUUAAUCUUUUUCAAUUUGUAGAAAGUCCACUGCAGCACAGGCGGGAGAAUGGGAGAUAAAUCAAAUGAUUAAGACACAUGAUUCUGUGUCACAGGGACAACCUGGCAUAGAUGGCUGAGUCUAGAUGAAGUGGUUCAGCCAUGCAAUGUUCCUGGAAGUCAGUGAUCCUGCUGGCCUUGGCCUCCAUUGCCAUCCAGUACACAGCCAUUCGGACACUCACCUCCAAACCUUUCCAGCUGUGCCCGCUGCCAAGCCCCCAGAACUGUGGUUUGGGGGCUCAGGAGACAGACCCUCCCUUUGAACGAGGAACAGCAGGCGGGGGAGGCUGUGAUGACUAUCCUUAUUUUUCCAUCAAUGCCACCCGUAAACUGCACAUAUUGGUUUUGGCCACUACACGUAGUGGCUCUUCCUUUGUCGGGCAACUGCUGAACCAGCACCAGGAGAUAUUCUACCUAUUUGAGCCUCUUUAUCAUGUUUAUGCCACACUGGUUCCACGUCAGUCACACAACCGCAAUCCUGCAGACCGUCGUGUGACAUUAGGUGCCAGUCGAGACCUUCUGCGUAGCCUGUAUGGCUGUGACCUCUAUUUCCUAGAGAACUACAUCAAACCAACACCCACGAACCAUACCACGGACAAACUGUUCCGUCGUGGUGCCAGCCGAGCAUUGUGCCAGCAGCCUGUAUGUGAUGCUUUUGGUCCUGCUGAUGCUAAUGUGGAGGAAGGAGACUGUGUAAGGAAGUGUGCAACUUUAAACAUGACCUUAGCAACAGAGGCAUGUCACGAAAAAAAGCAUGUUGCAAUCAAAGUUGUCCGGGUGCCGGAGAUUGGAGACCUACGUGCUUUGGUUGAAGACCCACGGCUGAACAUUAAAGUAAUUCAACUGGUCAGAGACCCACGGGGUAUCCUGUCAUCACGGAUUGAGACAUUCAGGGACCCAUAUCGUCUGUGGCGUAUUUGGAGGGCCACAGGGAGACGGCCCUAUAAUCUAGACAUGAAUCAGCUUACAGUUAUCUGUGAUGACUUUUUUGGAUCUGUUUCAACUGGUCUCAGCCAUCCCCACUGGUUGAAAGGGAAAUACAUGUUGGUUCGAUAUGAGGAUUUGGCUAAAAAUCCACUUCUUAAGACACAAGAGAUCUAUGACUUUCUGGGGCUGCCUAUGGAUAAAAAUGUGAAACAGUGGAUACGUGCAAACACUCGAGGCAGCAAUGAGCCCUCAGCAAAACACAAGUUUGGUACAGUGAGAGACUCAGCAGCUAAUGCUGAGAGUUGGCGCUUAAAACUGUCCUACGACAUCGUAGAAUCCACUCAAACAAUGUGUCAAAAGGUACUUCAUCAGCUGGGAUACAAAGCUGUGAAAUCAGUCGAGGAACUAAAAAAUAUGUCCUUCUCACUGGUACAGGACAAAAACUUUGUACCAUUUUUGUAAUGAACAUAUUUCUCGAAUGACUAUUUUUGAUAUAUUUAUAAUUGUUGCCUUAUAAGUUCCUUAGUUUGUCUCAUUUCUGUGAUUUUGUUUCUUGAAAUUUGCACUAAAAUGUAAAGAUGAUGAAUGCACCAAGGGAGCUUUGAAUAAGUCGUCAGUGAUACAGAACAGCACAUCUCAAACAUAAGUAAUCAAGUAAUCAAACAAGCUAGUUUACAAAGGUCACAUUAAUUAUUUUCCAUGAACAGAAUCAAUUUAAAGGCACUGCCUUUGUUCAUUUUCUGUAUGCAAAAUGUUGUUUCAGCAAAUUAAAAUGUUUUUUUUUUUUCCAUUAAAACAAAGAAAAAGGGGCUGCUCAGUAGGAAGACACAGUCUUUUUAAGACCUGUAAUGGCAAAUUUUAACUGUACAAGCUCUUUUGUGCAAUAAAUAGUGAAUGUUGCAGUCAACCUUUACCAAUAUGGCAUUUUUAUCCAUGUGGGAAGAGGAGCGAUACUUCUGACAGAUGCUGUGCUUGCAAAGGAUAAUUGCAGACAAUUAAUAGGCUCUCAAGUGAAAGGGACAGUCUCCCAUUGGAGGUCACGAGUGUUUCAUCAGAGGAUUUACAACCAUCUGUGAUAGACAAACACGCACUAAUGAGAGAUAACACUAAAAUCUUUACCACACAAUUCAUUUUUUGAAGAUAAUUCUGACAAUAAAAGAAUCAUUGUAGGUUCAUAUGCAGCUGAAGCACUAAUGAUGAGCCACUGUUUUAUUUAUGACCUUAUGUUUUGAUUUGUUCAUUUAAAUUUUUACAAUUUUUACUGUGGGUAUUAAUGCUUUCUGCCUGUGAUUCAAUUAUUUAUGGCACAGUUUCCUAUUUAUAGAAUAGAGCCAUCAUCUAAAAAGUUGAGGCCUUUCAUGUUUUGUGUUACCUAAUAAGCAGGGAGUGAAUAAAAACAGAAAGUGCAUCAGAGCAAAAAUAUCCUAUGCAUUUUCACUCAACCAAGAAGCACAGCUAUUCUGACAGUCCAUGUUGCAUCUAUGUUUAUCUCUUGGAUAAAAGAUUCAUAACUGAAGAAGAUAUGUCUUUGUAGAACAGGUUGCACUGCAGAUUCCAGGUUUUUAUUUUCCAGGAUAUGUGGAUGGCUUAUAAACCAUCCACAUAUUCUGGCUGU